AUGUCGCCUCCGCCGGCGGUGGCGACGGGCGGUUCCGGAGAACCCACGGUGCCGGCGUGGCUCCGCGGCCUCCCGCGCGCCCCGGAGUACCGCCCCACGGAGUCGGAGUUCGCCGACCCCAUCGCCUUCCUCUCCCGCGUGGAGCGCGAGGCCGCAGUCUACGGCAUCUGCAAGGUCAUCCCGCCCUACCCGCGCCCCUCCCGCCGCUUCGUCUUCGCGCACCUCAACCGCUCCCUUGUCUCCUCCUCUGAAGCCGCCGCCAACCCCACCACUGCCUCCUUCUCCUCCACCACUGGUCCCUCGCUGUCGGAACCCGCCGCUGUGUUCACGACCCGUCACCAGGAGCUUGGCACGCCGCGGCGUGGGCGCCCGCCUCCGCAGGUGCUCAAGCAGGUGUGGCAGAGCGGCGAGCAGUACACGCUCGACCAGUUUGAGGCCAAGUCCCGCGCCUUCUCCAAGAUCCACCUCGCUGGGCUUCGCGAGCCAACUCCACUAGAGGUGGAAUCCCUCUUCUGGAAGGCGUCGGCAGACCGGCCUAUCUAUAUCGAGUAUGCGAAUGACGUUCCGGGCUCUGGCUUUGCCGCCUAA